UUCGAUGACCUGCGGUAAUCAUGCAAAACUAUACCGACCUAAUAUUACAUGGAACAUCCUGAAAUUGUUAAAACAUGUGAAAAUUUCGGAUCGUUUGUCUUUGAAAGACUCAAGCGAGGGUAAAAUUCUACCGAACGUUACCGUGAAUAUCGUACAGUCGCCAUAUUUGCUACCGACCUGCUAUCUACCGAUGAUUUGGAAUUACCGCGAGCGUGGCUCCAUCUACUUCCUCUCUCGUGAGAUCAUGAGACCACGCUGGGCUACGCAGUGAAGUCUGACAUGUGGAACAUUUCCUGAGGUUGUUACUCGUUCGUUUUGCCGAAUUCACGUAUAGAAUUUGUCGAAACCCAGUCACGAUACUUGGUGAACAAUAUACAACGAACAAGAUGGACGAGUACGACAAGAAGUUCGCCGAGAUGCAAAAGUACAUUCCGUUUUUGGAAGCGAUGAUAGAAAGAUUACAAAACGUUAAGGACAAGUCACGGGAAGUUCAGCUACAGAAAAUGCAAAGCCUUCACGGGAUUCUAUCGAACAGCAAGAGAAAGCUGAAGAUCGAGACCUUGCAGCGCUGCGAGGACGUUUUACAGAAGUUGCACAACAAAGUAGAAAAGUUUCAGGGAAAUACACCCGGAUUGCAUUUUCCGCAUAAGAAAAACGAGGGAAGCUCGGCACAAUCUUCGAACGGAUCGGAGGAUGGUGAACAAAGCAAGGCUGUCGCGAAGUCUCAGCAAGUCGUGGACGCAAUGGACGAGAAAGAUGUUCACGAAACGCCGGCUAGCCCGAGCCCCCCCGUUAGCCCCGACACCGCUUCCCAAAUAGCGCCGAUAAUAAUCCCCACGGAGCGCAGCGUGGACUUCGUGGACGACAGUAAACCAGCCAGCCCCGAUCCGGUGGAGACGCUGCCCACGAAAGCUCCCAUCAUUAUACCCACAGAACGGACGAGCAACGAUCUCCCAGUGUCUCCCGGUUCGCAGCGAAGCUUGAGCAAAAGCAUGGAAGACGUUUCCUUCAGCGAGUGGGACAUGCUGGAGGAGAACGAGAACCAGGCGCGGAACAAGAACUGGCAACCGGUGGUUAAUUCCGGCCACGACGUGACGGCCGCGAUCAAAUUGGUCGGGAAUAAUUUGUCUCAGAAACUGAACGAUGGUAGACCCCUGGCGCCGAUGUCGAUACACUCCUCUCGGCACAUACCAACCGUUACGGUACCGGCACUGGGCAAUUCCAGGCGGUUGACGUCGAUGCUGGAAAAGAAUCGACUGAUCGGGUCGAAUUUAGACGGGGUCUCGUCGGACGCGAGGUCGGAGUCGCCGGUGAACGUACCGGACGUCCGAUUGAAGUCUCCAGACCCCGACAUUUUGUUCCCGAAACCGAAGAACACUUCUCCCAGACUCAAAGACGCGAUUCCCAGGCCCAUGUCGAAGCCGCCAGCGCCGUUGUUGCUCUCCCCGCCGCCGGUUUCGGAGCCUCCGCUCUCCAUGGAGGAUCUGGCCGAGUUGCUGAACGAGGAAAACGACGACAAGUCCGAAGGCAGCGAAAAAUCGUCGGACGAGACGAAACCGAAGAAAGACAAGCAGGAUAAAGACCCGAAAUCGUCCAAGUCGUCGCUGCUGAUGCAGGAAGACAUGGACAUAGAGAACGAGAGACGGUGGGAGGAGGUGGACAAGCACAUAGUAAAAUUAACGAGUAGAAAAUGUUUACCGACCGGCGGCCCCGUAGUAUUAGGCGCAAAGGGCGAGUCUUCGAAACCGUGCGAACCCAAGGGACCACCCGUUAGCGUAGCGCAUAGUCCGGGAAUGUUCCCGAUGAACGCGGAAAAGACGGUCGACAACAGAAGUCGACCACCUUCGCCGGGUUCAAAGAUAGAGCCGCGUUACGCGGACAAUUACGAGAGGCAUCCUCGUAAUCCUCAGCCUCGCGACGGUCACGGUCACGAUAACGCUAAAGACAAGUCGAAUCUGAUUCACUGUCGACCGCCCGACGAGGACAUGUCGAAUCCGAUUCCUGUGCAUUCCUGCGGCCCGGGGAUGCCGGACGAGAGAAACGCCUUGAUGUAUCAGAGGCGUCAGAGCAACGUUCCCGAGAUUCCGCCUAGAAUAGAGACUCAGGAGUUCAGGAUGGAGGGCACGGAGUACUUCAAUAGGCAAGUCCCGAACCAGGCCCCUCUCUGGCCCCCGAUGCACCCGCCAGUGGGCGGUAAUGAUUUCUGCGCCACCCAAUGGCCGCCGGCCGCUAAUUUCCCCGGCAUACCGGUAUCCACCCCGCAACCUUAUCAGCUCCCGAUGGGCAUGCAUCAGGAACUGUGGAACGUAGCCCCGGUCAGAGAGCCGCUACUGAUGGAACCCCAUCCGAUAAGCGAGGCGUCUAGACUCAACCAGUUCCCAAACACGGGCAUCAGACCCCUGAUGAGUCCCAACGCGCGCCCCCAGGACCUGAACCACAUUCCCCGACCGGACGAAAUGCCCAACGUCGACGUGCCCAACGUGCAGACGAUACAACCUCUGAUCUCUCCUACCAGAUUCCCGGUUGGGCCGCCGUGUCGGAACUUCCAACCGGAGGGCAGACCCUACGAGCAGCCCUUCGACAGGGGACUAGAGUAUCCUCUGCAGAGACAGUCCUGGGACGCCCAAGCCCCGCGACCUAACGAGGUGCCCUACAGGCCGGAGAACGAGGUUCCCUGCGGGGUCAUAGGGCCCGCUGAUGCGGCCGCGAGGCAGUACUCGCGGCCCAGCACGCCCUGUCCUUGGAACAGGGACAGAGACCGCGGCGGGGGCAGGGGUCGUGGCCCCUAUUACAACGAAAGGAACAGGGUCGAAGGUAGAAACAAUUUUAACCGCGACGCUCGCAGGCCAGAAUGGCCACGGGACAACCACAACGAGUGGGACGCCGCGAAUCGUUUCGUCAGAGACAAUAGGAACAUAUCGGACCGGGAUCCGCGCGUACGCCCCGAACACGCUCCAGCGAAUCAAACGUCGCCCCAGUCGAGGGACAAUAACGUUUCCGCUAGGGACCCUCGUCUGGCCAGAGACAAACACGUCUCCCCAAAGGGUAAGGACCUUUUCAACGACAGGGACCCGAGGAAACGGUCCACGGGAGGAUCGACGUUCCCGCCGUCGUUCAGGAAAGCCAAAGAGAAAACCAAGUCCCCUCCGAAGCCUGAUGGCCACAGGCGUCCCGACCCCGACAAGCAGGUGGACAAAUUGGCGAAAGAGAAGAUGCAAUCGCCUCUGGAGAGCCUCUACGGCGUGAUCGACACCAAGGCCAAGGCAGCUCAAGGCUACUGCCUGCAGAAGUUCAAGAUCCCGAAGAUCAAACGCAACGAGUCUUCCGAGUCGCCCACGUCGAGUCACAACCUCGACGAGGCGAAGACGACGGAACCAGUCGAGAAACAGGAAGCAAAGAAGAGCGGGAGGGACGACGCGACCGCGGAAGUGAGCAGCAGCAGCGACGGGAACCCCCUGUUGGAGGAGGAGGAUUGGAACGAGGGCGGGGGAAUCGUUUCCGAGAACAAGAUAAUAAAUAUUCCAGAUUUUACCAAGGACGAGGACCCGUUUGCGGAUAUGAUCGAGGAGAAAAUCGAGGAGCCGACUGUCGUCGAACCAGACCUUAUCAGCACGUCUGCCAAAUCCUCCGUGAACGUCGAGAAGAAGGAACAAACGGAGCCGGAGGGAUCUAAACCAAAGGAAGAUGCUGAGCCAGAAGGGUCCAAACCGAAGGAAGAGGUGACUCAAGAGUGGAUCGAGGCGUUGAUCAGGAAGUCCUUCGAGUUCGGGGAGGGGAAGAAGUUCGUCGAGCAGGCCAAGUUCAUGCAGAAGCUUGGAGAGGUGUUGCAAGCGAAGAAAUUGAAGAAAAUAAAGAAGAUCAUCGAGUCGGAGUCGGAGAGCAGCAACUCGGACAAGGAGGAUACUGUGGAGUCGAAGAAGGUUCGAACGAGGAAGAAACGGCGAGUGAUCGUCUCCGACAGCUCGGACGACGAGUCACUCGCUGAAAGACUGGGCAUCCUGAACACUGGGAGCAAACAGUCGCUGGAACAUUCAUCCACGGAUGAUAAGGAGGCGCCUAAUGUAAAUAAGAGCGUCGAAGAGCCAACGCCCAAUAACGAAUCUUCCGAUCUUAACGUACCAAAGGCCGACGUUAGCCAACAAGUUCCCACAGAGCCAUCGAGCGAGGUAGCGAGUACUGUCCAUGACGAGUCCAAGAGCGAAGAUCCCGCUCCAGAGGAAACAGAAACCGUGGUAGCAGACACUCUGGAAGAGUCCAGAAACGAAGAGCCAGCGGAAGACAAGGAGUCCGGUAGGAAGACGCCUAAAGCGAAAGCGAAGAGGAGAAAUUCGUUGGAGAUGCUUCAGGAGGAUAUAAGGGAGAUGUUCAUAAGCGAAGACGUGGUGACUGCGACUGGGUAUCGCCAAUGUCGCACCCAGAAGGAGAAUCAACAGACUGUCGGGCCGAGCACUCCCACUCAAACCACGCCAUCCACUAAGAAGGACUCCGACAUCGAGGAGGCAACAACAUCUUCGACCAAGCCGAAGAAAUCUACGAAGCCUCGACCCUCGGAUGAACCCAGCAAGAAGACCAAAUCCAAAAAGGAGGCGCAGCGAGUGACUCGACAACGCUUGAAGCAGUUCACUCCUCCGGGUUCCGACAGCGAGGAGGACCAACCGUUGGCUCUGAGAACCGAAUUGAUUCAGAGUUCCAGCACAGCGGGUAACCAAGACACCAGUAGCGAGGAACGAGACAUCUUACGACGGAGUAAACGUAUCAUCAACAAAGAGACGAUCAAGGAGCCGCGGGUGAUGAUCGAGAAAACCGAUAUCUCGAAACUGGACUGCUUGAAAGUGAUGUUCGACAGUUCGUCCGACGAGAGUUUCGGCAUAGACGUGUCCGAGCUGGCAGCCGCGGUGGACAUUUCCCUCCAUCCUGACAAGCAACCGGAACCGGAAACCCCCGAACCGACCGAGAAGAAGAAGCCCGGUCCAUUGAGAAAAACGAAGAAGAGGACCAUCGGCGAGUCGAACGAGAACAAAGUCGACGAGCUCGCGUUAUCCGACGGAGAGAGUAUCGUUUCGGACAUAUCGAUGACGAGCAGCGUCGCUUCCUCGAAGAAGACAGCCAUCCACGCGCCGAAGGCGGAGAUCAGCAACAACGAAGAACUGUUGAGCAACAUUCUGGUGGGCUUGACGCCCUCCAAGGCCAACCCGGACAAGGACGCGUCGAUCACGGACAAAGGAAGCGACGCAGACGUCGACGACGACGUCAACGAUCAGCUGCCCACCGAACCGAACGUGCGGAAGUCGUUGGGAAAGAAGAAGAAGAAGAAGUGCAAUUGGCAGAUGGGGAUCUUGUCCAAGAAGAAGAAGAAGAAGACUCCGGCGUCGUUCUCUUCGAAAGACGAUUACGAUGCUACGAACGUCAGCUUGGAAACGGGAACCCUGCUUUCGGAGGGCAAAACCGACGACGAGAGCAACUCGUUGCUCAAUACGAGUCAGAGUAUCACGGAUACCGAUAGCGUCAAAGACGUUGAAACUUCUGAUAAGGUCUCGAGCGAGCAGAAAAAGAUCAGUUCCCAUACUAAAAGUAACAAAGAUUCCGUCAAAGUUUCUCCUACCGCGACGCCGAUAAAAAAUUCCAAACCAGUUAGUGCACCCAGCAGUAAUAGCGAGACGUCGAAGAACGUUAAGAACAAAGGGAAAGUAGUUAAAUCGUUCUACGACGUGAACAUAAACCAGCUGAUCGAUUAUGCUUGGACGGGGCAGGAGCGGUACAAGUGUUUGCUCUGCUUCUUUACAGGCAAAAAUAUCGUCCACCAUUACAAGCUGGGCCACGUCGGCAGGGAGAUUCUCAUUUCGAGGCUGAACGCCACGGACGCUCGAUUGGCGAUUGAAGAAGCCAAGGCGAAGUCGGAGAACGCGACGUUGAAGCCUCUGACGGACGAAACUUGCAUAUUCAAUUGCAGGAUUUGUUCCUUCAUCACGGAGGGUGGCAUGAAGGUUGCGGUGGAGGCGUUUUACGAGCACUGCACCACCCAUACAGGGGAAUACAGGUUCCGCUGUAACAGUUGUAACUAUCAGGCUGUGGCCAAGUCCUCCAUGAGGACCCACUACUACAAGGUGUGUCGUAAGUUCAAGGGUACCUUCAACGAAGCCAUAACCGAGGAUGAAAUACCCGACGAUGAUUGCGUUCACGGUUACUUGUGCUCGAGUUGCAACUACAUCCAACUAAAGAGGUCCAAUUUAGAAGAACAUAUGGAACUGUGGCACAAGGAUGACUCGAAGAGCGAAAUAAUAAAAGUAGACAUGUCUCUUAACUCGGCCAGACAGGAACCAUUGAAUGUCCUAGCCGAUGAAACGGUGAAGCUGGAAACGUCCCAAGAAGGUCCAGAAAACCUUGACGAGUCUGCGAACGAUAAUUUAACUUCUGUCGAGCAAAAUGACGACGUCGUGACCAAAACAGAAGUUGUUAAAAAGGUUGAGACCUGCGACACCGAGGAUAAGAAAGUAAAAGAUGUCAAGCCCGUGUCGCAGAAGACAGAAGAUGGUUUAGAGGCGCAGUCUGAGAGCAACGAGAAGAAGAAGACUGCACAAUUGGAUGGAGAUUCGAACUUACCAACAGGCAAUCUAAGCGUAUUCGUCUGCCCUCCAGAAUUGGAGAAAACAGAGGUGGAGAUACAGUUGGAACGGAAGAGGAAAAUGCAAGAGAUCCUUCAGAAUAUUGGCAUCAAGUUGCAGAAGGACACUUACAAGAAGGGCCUUUCUAUCAUAGACAAGCUGAAGGACAAGAUGAAGACCAGUCUAGUGUCGGGUAAUGAGAACGACGCUGACGAGACUCCAAAUUCUUCUGGUCAAGUCACAACGACUGAUCCACCUUCCAGUACCGCCGUAGCUUCCACGGAAGAUACGGAAACGGCUUCGCCUUCGACUCAGGAAACCUCGAACGACAAACAGUGCGAGAAUUCCGUCUCAAAAUCGCUGUCGUCGAGCGCGAACUGCGACUCUCAGUCCACGUCUGAAUUAGAUCCAUCCGAGGCGAAGAUCAGAGAUCCUCUGGCGACGCUAGAUCGAAAGAAGAACGACGAGAGCGACGCGGAGAUGAGCGAUAACGAGAACGCGAGGAAUUCGGCACCCGUUUACGAAUCUGAUUCCAGUAGCGAACAAUCUGAUACGGAUCCUCUCGCGGAUGUAAAUAUGAUUUUGAAAGAGACUUCUACCAUUAACGCGUGUUCCAAGGACCCAAUGCUCACAACUAUUCAGAGACUCGCUGCUCAGUUACAAGCCACGAAGCCAAUAGAUUCGUCUGCGGACGAGAACUCUGCCAAGUCAACGGAAACCACUGAGAAAACUUCUCGUGCCGGUUCUAUUCCGAAACCACCUGAAGUCGUGCCUAUAAGUAGUAUCAAACGAUUCGUUGGAAAGAUGGAAAAUAAAUUUCACGAGAUAAUACAUGAAAAUCUCGACGAUUCCAAUCCACCUAAGAACUUCAUUAGGUUGAGACGCCUGAGCGGAGACAUGUUGUCCGUAUUGGCUCAGCCUUCUGACGGUCAAGAAGAUGCAAUGCCCACAAAAAGUAACGAAUCCAACUCUCCGGCAAAGGUUGGUAGCGGAUCGACAACGUCCGGAGAAGAAGAAUGCUCGUUCUUGAGAAUCGAAAACGUAGUUAGUCUUGCGCCAACUGCUGACAAUGCCAACGAAAGUCCUAUUAUAAACGAUAUAAGAAAAGCGGUUGAAACUUCUCCGAUGAAGGGUAAAGCAGUGUCUGUAUUAAAGAAAUCUCAUUCACCGUUGAUUUUGAAAAGGCUAAACGCCGUGACGAUUACGCAACCGUUAUCAAAGACUAUGCAAACGAUACAGUCCUCUGCGUCAGAAAUGGUGAAGCUGAUUCCGGUGAAGAGUAUCUCUCCUUCUCCAGUUUCCGUGACCGCCACGCAGAUCGCCACAAAUUUCAUUCCAAUUGCCCCCAAAUCGAAGAUACCUUUCCCAUUGACUGGCAAGACCACGGUCAUGACACCGGUGACAACGCGCACCGUCACUGUCAGUGGAUCGUCGUCGUCCAACUUAAACUACAAAAUCGUGAAAGUCGUUCGAGCACCGAAUGUCCUGAAAUCGAAAGAUCCUGUGACCCCGCCCACCGCAAUUAAGCUAAAAUCCAUGGACGCCUACAACGCGAUGCUGAAACCGACUAAGCUCACUCACUUGUACAAGUGUAUGGGACGCGAUUGUUCCUUCACGACGGAUACGUUGGAGCAAUAUCGUCAGCAUUAUUACCAACAUGUGGCCUCGAAUGACAAAACCAAGCAACCACCGUUUGAUUACCAAAAGUGUGCUUACUGUUACAUGGCGCUGAAGGAUUGGAAUCAAAUGAAGCUCCACAUAGAUGACAAGCACGCCCACUGUCGUUACCAAUGCAGUUACUGCUUUUACAGGGCCAUCACGCUUGCUUACGUGCAAAUACAUCAGGCCAUUUCACACCCUGGUCUCCACGAUAUUUUGCUUGGCAAAUUACUGAAAGAGGUGCCGGCGAAGGAAGAAAUAAACAGGCACGAUUACAUACACCCCUACAUAUGCAAACAUGACUGUGGGAAGUUCUUUUAUGUCCCUGAAACCUUCAUUGGACAUAUAAAAUCGAAACACGGGCAACCGCACUCCUCCGUUAAAUGUCACGUGUGCCGUUCUUCGUUCGUAAAAAGUGACCAGCUACUCGCGCACUACAAGUUGCACGCAUUUUACAAGUACCAGUGUCUUUAUUGCUUGAACGGUGCAGACAAUUUGCUCGACAUGCAUACACAUUUGAGCUCGUUUCAUUGCAAUCGAUUACCUCAAGCCCUCGAACGAUCUCUUCCUCCUCAGGCGCAACGGAACAAAGAUGUAAUAGAUCAACUAAUUCUUCGGACACUGGACGAUUCUUGGAAGGUUUCCGAAGAAGUCGAUGUGAAAGUAAUUAACGAUGAAAAGGACGUUAAAGACUUGGUUGUAUGCGGUAGCGUGGACGCUGCUCGUAAGACGCAGUAUUCGAAGAUGCCUAAAGACCUGAAUAUGUUGGAUAAAGACGAGAACGAAGCAUUAAAUAAAUCGCUGUCGAGUUUAUUCGGAAGUAAUAGUAAUACAAAUAAUAGUCCAGUCAGCACCAGUUCCGCUCAAAACGAGAAUACGUCUGCGGAGAAAAAUCGCGACGAGAUCGCGGCGAGUAAGUCGUUAAACAGUGCCAAAGGCGAUCCCGAUAUUUCGAUGAGAUCGAUCUUGGACAAUGAGACAGCGGAUAAUGAUUUGUUGGACAACUCUGUCGAGCCGCUGGAACUUCCGGCGGGAGCUUUCGACUGUAGCGACGAGUUUAUAAACAUAAAUCUACUCGACAAUCCUGAUUUUCUGAUGAACGUCAACAGCCGUUCGAGCAACGUGUCUUUGAUCAGCAACGCAACCGAGAACGACAGCAAAGCUGAGGACAGCGACAUCGAGAUCGUGGAUAUCAUAAAUUCAGAAACCAUCGCCACGAAAGAUGUGAAAAGUCUGUUCGACACGAAGAAAAAGGAUAGUUUCGACACGAAGACGGAAACAAAGACGGAAACGAAGGUGGAUACUUCUGGUCAGGAAAUUGUGAAGAAAGAAAAAUCUGCCAGUAGCGCGAAACAGUCGAAAGAAUCCACCGUGAUUAAAGAAACGUCCAGCAGUAUAACUAUGAAAACCGAAAGACCGUUAACGCUGGAUGAUAUCAAACAUACUGGUUUCACAGGAACGAAAUUGUACAGAUGCGGUUACGAGCACUGCAACUACGGCGCACCGACCGCGGUCCUUUUAAGAUCUCACACGAGAGAUUGCCCUAUGGGUAACGACAAUAAGCAUUUGAAUUGCGUCCACUGUCACAAACGUUUCGUUAAAAUUGGAUUUUUACUUGAACAUUUGAAAGUACACGGACUGAAACGUUUUGGCUGCGCGUUGUGCAAAGUGAGACGCACAGUGGGCUACCAGGCGAUGGCGCAUAUGAAAACGAAACACAAAGUUGCCAAUAGUAAAUUAGUCCCGGCGGAUCCAAAAAAUCCCUCCGUUGAUGGUUUAUUUAUCGUACAACCCGUUGUAAGUUACCAAAGCGGCGAACGAAAAGGAAAGAAACGUAAAAGCACAAAGUCUGUGGAGAAGGAAAGCGAGAAAACAGCGGUCGAUGCCGAGAAACUGUCCUUCAACCCCGACGAAAUAGAAUUCCUACCGCGUCAAGCGAUAUACAAUCGGGUGGUGCAAUGCGCCAUGUGCCCGUACACUACGAAAGUUCGAACAAACAUAAUCAGACAUUUGCUUCUGCACGCGAAGGACGAAAGUGUACCGGAGAGCGGUCCUGUGAACCCUGUGCCUUGCUUAGAUAAAAAGGAACGAAUGUUCGACAAAAUGGUGAAUUUAGCAAGCAGUUCUCAUCAAAAUGGACGAAUGGGUGGAAAACACAAGGAAGCUACUAAAAACAACGACGAUCAAUUUAUCCCAAAAUUCGUGCCGGAGCAUAAAAGAUACGUGUGCGGUGUGGCUGAAUGCAAUUAUUUAACUGUCGACGAAGCAAUGUUAAGGUGUCAUUUAAAAGCUUUGCAUUCCGAAGAACUGUACUUUCGAUGCCCCCACUGUCCACAACCACCACCGGGCCAAGAAGGAUUAAACAUAGCAAUCGAUAAAAUGGCUGUUCACUUGAAAAUGCACGACACGAGACUUUAUAAAUGUUCUCAUUGCAAUCACCAUCAUUACCAUAGGCAUAUCGUGGAAAGGCACUUGGCAGAUAAACAUCCCGAGAAAAGACCUUUCGUUAAAGUAAUUAGGGAGUUGGAGAACACGGAGAACAAUCAGGCGAUGCAAGAAGAAUUCGACGAGGAACUGCCGGACCCGGAUGGAAACCAUUGGAAGUGUAAUAUCUGUGAACACAAAUGUGUAUAUAAAGCAGAAAUGAUGAAUCACGCCGCAACGUCUCACGAAGAAAAAUGUCAGUACAAGUGUACUUUAUGCUCCUUCAAAUCCAGUGGAAAAAUCAUGUUCGAGCAACACAUUAAUAACAAACAUUCCAACGAUACAAACGUCGAUUUUAUUUUGGUAUACCAAAGGAUAAAGGGCGUGAAUAAGAAGACCGGUGACAAUAUCGAACAGAGUGGGCAAGAAGAACCUUUCGACACUACUCCGCUUUGGAGAAGGGACAUGCCUAGAAUCAGGCACAUACGUGGAAUUCUUCUGGAAGAAGAAGACGAAACGUCCACAGAGUCCUCGUUGAAAGCAGUGAAGCGGAAAAGCGACGCGGAGCCAGUGGUAAAACCUGCGAAAAUAAAGCCUGGGAAAUCGGGCUCGUUGGACGAUGCGAAACAAACGAAAGAGAAAUACAAACGAUCAUUGUCUUGCGACAAAGUAGCAGUCGAAUCGGAUAUCUCCUGUGAAACGUCCAACACCGCCGAUAAAGCGAAAGAAACGAAAGUUAAAGUAGUCGAAGACAAUGAUCUCAGCGAUUCGGAUGUCGGUAGGUUUGGCCCGUAUGGGAAACCUGAUGGUAAUAUGUACGUUUGCACUCUGUGCGUGCAAUUUAAAAGUAAAUACAAACACGACAUGAGAGAUCAUCUUUACAGAGAACUAAAUUAUGCAAGGUGGCACUGUAAGGACUGUGGAUAUUUGUCUGUAAAUCGGAAUACUUUGUUAAAACACUUUACGAAACACCAUAACGGGGAACGUCCAAAUCACGAACCAUUAUCUCCGGACGAUGAUAUUGAAAAUUGGGUUGGUACAUUAUUGUCAAGACAAACGCGUAUAAUAAAAGGAUUGCCGCCUACAGAAAACACAAGUAGCACGGAUACUCCAGCAACGGCUACUGCGAUUAGCAAUAAUAGCAAAACGUCUGCCUCUAAAACUUAUCAAAAUAGUAUUAGAAAAUCUUCGAAGACCUCGAGCCUCGUCAAUAAGUCUUCUACUAUGAAAGAUAAUAAAACGCAAGACGCCGAUGUCGAUGUUGAUGCCUUAGACGAUAGUAGCAAAGACAACGAAGGGCUUAUUAUGGAUAUGGAUGAGAUUCCAUUGAAGCAGGAGAAGACCGAGAACGCGACAGAAUCUGAUAAAGCCGAGUCUAAGGAGGGUCGAGAGAAGCCAACCAUGUUAGUCUGUAAGCAUUGCAAUUUGACGUUCACCCGAUGGCGCGGAUUCAAGUUGCACGUGCUGUUAACUCAUUUGAAGCGGCUAGGAUACGUUUGUCCUUACUGCGAUCGAAGCACAAACUCGGAAGCGUUGAUCCGCCAACAUAUCCGGUCCAAGCAUCCCGGUUGCCCCGAGAAGCUCGUACCAAAUCCAUCCGUCAGCGGGCCAGAAUUGACGGACCAGUUUUGGGAACGGGAGUACGGAAUCGUGUUCCCAAAACGGUCCAAGAAACGCAAGAGAAGAUUGAGCGAAGACAACACGGACAACGACAAUCACGAGCAGACCGAGAAAGGGAAAUGCACCUUCUGUGGCUUUAUCGCCAUGAAUCUGGCCGGCCUCAAAGGGCACAUGAGAGUGCACAGACAGAAACCAACGUUGAAGUGCUCAUCGUGUUCUUACUCCACGUUAAAGAAAUCCGAACUUUACAAACACUGGGAAACCGAACAUCCGUUCUUGUCGUUCAAAACCGACGAUACGACGACGCCGCUUGACUCGCCCGGCGAUUCCGGGACGACGCAAUUAGAUAAGAAGAACCUCGUCGACGACGAUUACAGCGACGAUAUAGAGGAAGAACAGGUGUCCGACGCGAAGGACGAUCAAUUGAUUUUGCGUUGCUUCUAUUGUUCGUUCCGCAGCAGCACUUUGGAAGCGGUUCAGAAUCAUUGGAGCACGGUCCACAAAGAACCGAAAUUGCCCGGCGACAGUUCCAAAAUGAAAUCAAAUUGUCCCUUUAGGUACAAGGAAAUGCGUUCGCCGGAUGACACGGCCGCGACAGCUCAGUGCUCGAAAACGGAAGUGGAAACUCCGUACGAACUGUAUUUACAGGAGACCCAUAACGACGUGCAAGUGAUCGACACGCUCGGCAUCAAGCAAGAAGGUUGGAUCUGUCAGUGGUGCAACGAGCUAUGCGACAGCGAGGUGAAAAUGAAGAAUCAUCACAGCAUGUUCCACUCGCAUCUGCCGUUGAACUUCAAGAAACAGGAGAAGAGCAAAGUGCCUAAGGGAUACGUUUGUCCCGAGUGUUUGUUCGCCACGACUUUCAUCAACGUGAUGAAGAACCAUGUGUCGAGACACAUAAAUCUAUUCAAGUGUAAAUAUUGCGAGAAAACGUUCGGUUCGCCGACGCAGGUGUCGUCGCACAACGCCGAGAAGCAUCCAAACAUGGAACUGAAAAUCGAAAGUAUACACAAUUACGAGGCGUUGAUGGAGAAAAUCAUGGGGAAAGUUAAGUGGCAGAAGUUGGAGCAGAUCCCCACCGAGCGGAAAGGGAUCUUCGACACGCAACGGAUUCACGCGGUGGCGAAAAAGUCCACGACGAAGUCCGUUGUUUGUCCAAGCCCGAUUCCCGUUAAAAUAAAAGCGGUCGCGCGAAAAAGUACCAAUCCGUAUUCGAGGUAUCUUUCGCAGGCCAAGGUAAGCGAUAAACAAGAGUCACCGACGAGCAAACAAUUCUCGUAUUACGGGACUCCCAAAACUAACGUCAACUUGGGGAAGUUAAAUACGUACAUGGUGGUCGGUGGACAUCGGAUGAAAGUGAACUGCACCACCCUCGCGCGGUUGAUAAACAUCGAACCGAAAAUUAUAUUAAAAGACUUGAAAUACAAUAUCGAAUAUAUCGCGAAAGUUAAGAAGGCGAAAUAAUGAACCGAAAGUGGAAACGGAGGUGGCGCUUUUAUUUCGUGUCGUGGGAAUUUACAUUUUAGUAAGAGUUUCAUUUAAUCCCUUCGUGCCUCGGCAUAAAUACAGCUAUUUGUAUUUCUUUAACCCCUUAACGUACGAUUUAAAAAGAAGGACACAUCUGUUUUAUGAAAUACCUCGCGAACGUGAAAACGUGUUGAUUUUAAUAAAUUAGAUUUCGUGACGGGACAGACUCGUUCUGCUGUAUCGGACCACAAUGCCAUGGGCACGAAAGGAUUAAGGUAUAUUAAGAUUAUUUAUUGUGUGACCAUAAAUAGUAUAACGAUUAAUGGUAACCAAAGUAACACAUGGUAUUAUACAGGAUGUUCGGCCACUCCUGGGAAAAAUUUUAAUGGCCGAUUCUAGGGGCCAAAAUAAGACGAAAAUCAAGAAUACCAAUUUGUUGAUCGAGGCUUCGUUAAAAAGUUAUUAACGUUUAAAGUUCCGCCUGUAGGACGCUUCUCUAGAAUCUCACAUUAAAAUUUUUCCCAGGGGUGGCAGUUUCCCUGUAUGCUUUUCUACGUUACGUUUAGACACUGUUUUAACGAAUUUUUAUCAAAUUCAUUAUUUGAUAUCGCAGUGUCGUAACGGAAAUAAUACGCGUAAGGACACGCCGUGGUUGGUUAUAUUCAACGAUUUACUUAUAUUUUACUUCAGCAUAACCUCAAAAAUCCUCUGAAAGAAUUAUCGAUACGGACUCGUAUAUGUCAUGCCAUGUUAUGAGCCGGUGAAAAGUAAUUAAGACGAUACGCAACGUUUAAAAUCAAAACAGUAAUUAGUAGCAUGGAGAUUGUAAAUAUUUAUAAAGGUAGGUGAUAUUCGCUAGUUAGACGAGUGGCAAAGAUAAAUACUAAAUUUAUUUAUUUUGGAAUAUGUAAAAGUUUCAUGGGUGUAUAGAUUGUACAUUCUUAUUUUAUGGUUCAUGACAUUGUAAUAGUAUUACUUUCGAAUAAGUACUUACACGUAAACGUUGGAAAAUUUACAAGUUUUAGCUUGGAAUAUUUGUUAAAUGAUUUAAUAAGGGGAAACUGUUUGUGUCAGCUUAGGUGAGAUCGAAACCAAACACGUGUACCGUAUCGUGCAGGAUAAGAAUUUUUUAAGAGUAAAAACGUGCGCGUACAGCGUCUGUGAUUUAAAUGUUAACGUGUAAAGUUCUUUACUUAUUGAUGCAGAAAAAUGAUUAGUAAUUAAAUCGUAAUAUAGGCGGAGUUACGCCAUAUUACGAAACGUACGUGAUAUAGCUACUUGAACGUUGUAUCUUCAAUAAUGCUAAUUAGUAAUAAUAUUCACGAACGUUUUCGUACUUCAAAUGUCAGAAAAUUUUGUUGAAAGUAUGCCACGUCGAGUUCUCUGCUCGCAUAUUAACACUUGCAUCGUAAAACGUAUAAAACUUACUUUUCGUCGCAUAUCUUAA